AUGCUGGCAGUGGAAGCUGACGACUGGUGGUUAGAGACUCGUCAGAGAUUGGAGAUCGCUGGUGAGGAAUUGAAUUGGGCUGUGUUUCGUAGGGAUUUCCUGAGGAAGUACUCUCCUGAGGAUGUCCGUGGCAAGAAAGAGAUCGAGUUCCUUGAGCUGAAACAAAGAAGCAUGACGGUCACUGCGUAUGCUAUGAAAUUUGGUGAGCUGGCUAAGUUUUAUCAGCACUAUGAUGGACCAACUGGAGAAUUCUCGAAGUGCAUCAAGUUCGAGAAUGGGUUGCACCCAGAGAUCAAAAAGGUCAUUAGCUAUCAAAAGAUUCAGAUGUUUGCUGAUUUGGUAGACAAUUGUCGAAUCUAUGAGGAUGACAACACUGCUCACUAUAAGAUAAUCAGUGAGAAGCGGGGAAAAAGCAACCAGAACCGUGGCAAGCCGUAUGAUCCUCUAGCUGGUAAAGGUAAGCAGAAAGCUGCACAACGGCAGAGAACUAGUGGGGAGAUGCCCUUGCUGGUAUAG